GACCAUUCCCGUGUACCGUUGCCAUUAAUUGAUGAUGUCAAGCACUCUGACUACAUCAAUGCUAAUUACCUGGACGUAUGUAUUUAUUUUGUAUUGUAGCAAUUAUCAGAUGGGUUUAGUUACACGGAGUUUUUCAUGGAGAUCCUUGCACCUUGCACCUAUCGCGUAGUCAUGUUGAUCGUUGGGGUACCACGGACAUAGCAACCCUUUUUCUCCAUUUGAUUUUUUUUUUUCAGCUUCUCUUAGGGCGUUGCAAAACCUCAACCCUGCCCACUCAGAGAUAUGAUUCUCCCAACGUUUCUUUUGUUGGCCCCUUCUUCUCCCUCCUUGCACUGUUGCUUGUAAAAUUGUCAUCGUAGGGCCCAAUGGCUUGCCUGACUCUGUCUCUGACUGCGUCGUUAGUGAUGUGGUCUCUGCAUGAGAUGCCAAGCAGAUUCCUAAAGCAUCUCAUCUCAGUGGCCUGCAAUUUCUUCAGAGAUCGUUACGGUAGUGUUGUUGAUGAGGGACGGUGUAGAUUUAAUUUUGUUUUCAGCUUCUCUUAGGGCUUUGCAAAACCUCAACCCUGCCCACUCAGAGAUAUUAUUCUCCCAACGCUUCUUUUGUCGGCCCCUUCUUCUCCUUCCUCGCACUGUUCCUUGUAAAAUUGUCUUGACAAACCCUCCUGAUCUUGAAACAUGCCCAAACCACUUUAACUUACGUUUCUUUACUGUGGUUAACAUAUCAUCGUAAGGCCCAUGGGCUUGCCUGAUUCUGACUGCAUCGUUAGUGAUGUGGUCUCUGUAGGAGAUGCUAAGCAGAUUCCUAAAGCAUCUCAUCUCAGUGGCCUGCAAUUUCUUCAGAGAUCGUUACGAUAGUGUUAUUGAUGAGGGACGGUGUAGAUUUGUCACCAUACCGGAUAGCUUAUCAUGUCGACUUGCAAAAUAUCCCGGCCUGGUUUGAACAGAGACGGCCCAGAACUUGAACAAGUCGUUCACACACAUCAAGCAUCCUGCCAGAGCGGUUGGCCGAGUGGGUUUGGUGCACUAAAUCCCAGUCCUCACUCCUUAAUAUUUACUUCCACAUUAGCGGAUUCUCGUCCUCGCUCCUACUCAUUUACCGUCUCCCUGGUCCAUCACAAACAAUGGAACCAAAACCUUUUCCGAUGUGCAACGAUCCACUUUCAAGAUCGGCGCGGCGCUGCCUCGCCGUUCUUAUGUGUGAACCAACGCGCUAUUCGAUGUGGUUUUCGUACCGGCGUGUGAACUUUCGAGUAGCAGACGUAGCCUAAACUUCUUACUUGGCGGGGGGAAUGCACUUAUUUUGUUUUAUUCUCCCGGAGAAAAAUUAUGAAGUCGAAUUUGGUUUAUUCAUGCUACUUCUCAGACGAAUGUUGUCAGUCUUUCUUGUCUCCAGGUGCUCGCAAUGCCCAUACUUUGCUCGCUUUCCGCGCUCAUUCCCAGAUCACUGUCCCUGCACUCGCUGUUACAAGUAAACCAGGGAAGGCUAUCGAGGGAGAAAGACCCAGGCGGGGGGCGGAGGGUACUUCCUAAUAAUAGGCUAAUGGAGAUGUGCCGCUGGAUGGGGUCACUUUUUCCCGACUGGGUUGACUAUAAUGGGGUUGUAAUUUUCAAUCGAGUUACCACAAUGGGGUCGCACAUUUUCAGGAUUUUAAGGGUCAGAAAAUUCAGGUUGGUAGGGAUUUAAAUGGGAAGAUUUUUACGGCAUUUAUAGUUUAACAAAUGUGUCAAUUCAUUUCAGUAAGACCUAGUCAAAAGGCUUUCAGGGUGCAAAGAAAGUCAUUUUUACAGUUUGCCAUUCGGGCAAGCUGAAGCUAACAUUGACUAGCACAAACAUCAUUUCAACUAGCCCCAAAAACGUUUUGAUGAGCAUGAAAAGAUUGAUUUCACAGUUCUUCUGUAAUUUGAAUUCCUCAAAAAAACUUCACUUGUCCAUCGGGCAAGUUAAUAACAGAAUUCACUGGCCCGAUAGCAAAAUCCACUAGCCCAGGGCUAUCGGACACUACUUUCUUUGCACGCUUGGCUUUAUAAGGUAGAUGCAUAAACAGAAAGUGACGAAGUUGGGAUCGCGAAAAUUACAUUCGCCCAAAACUGACUAAGAUGGUGUCUAUAAUUGGCCAAAAAAAAUAGACUUAAAUGGGAUAGGGGUUCUGAGAGGCCAGCGGCACAUACUCAGCAAAAAUUAACCCAAGUAAGCCCCCUGGAGAAGGCCCUGGAUUGCUGCAAAGAGAUGUGUCCUUCUCUGUAUAAUAUUACAUCAAGCGCAUCACGUAUUCUGAUUUUCUGCCAGGGUUAGGCUCCAAAAACAGCUCCAGUCUUAUUCCUGCGGUCUUGUUUUUUGAGGCUUGCUUAGUAAGAGUAUCCAAGACGAACUCUCUGUCUUUUAGCUAGAGACAGACACUAUUUGACCCUCUGAACAUUUUCUAAUUGCUUUAUAUUACAGGGUUAUGAUGGAACUCCGAAGUCCUACAUCGCUUGCCAAGGUAAGUUUUUUGUCUCUAAAGAAACUAUUCAGGGUAAGCCCAAGGUUUAUCGCUAUCUCGGCCUGAAAUGUUGCCGAGACUAGCUAACAAGUUUUGUUCUGUAGUUUUUAUUUCUGAAAGUGACUGCGGACCAGUAUACAAAGUGAAGUGAAUACAAUAAACAAAUCGGAGGCGAAGAUACUAACUUUAUCCACCCACCAAGUGCGAGAAAUUUACAAUUUCUGCCUUUGCUUUUUUAAGUGGUGCGAAAAUAAUGAUUUAGUGUUGUAUUCCAAUGCAAAGCGUUUGCAAAGUUACGAUCCACACUUAAUGAAAUGUCACUUAUUCUAGGCCCAGUGCCAGGGACUUACCAAGACUUUUGGAGGAUGAUUUGGCAGGAAAAAGUGUCAACUGUUGUCAUGUUGACAAGGCUUGUUGAGCAUGGUCGGGUAAGACUAAGUUUGUUUUAACGUCGUUCUGAAAGCUACUUAGUAUGAAAAAAAGCUUUGUGUUAAAUGGCCUUUGUCCUUAAAUGAGAGCAAUUCUUGGAUAGAAAUGUAUUUGAACGUCGGUAGCAGAUGUUAAGCGAAUAUUUUCCCGAGCUCCUUUUGCAGAAAGUUUUAACACUGCUUUUUCUAUUAUGGUUUAUCCUCUCAGCCAAAAACGCAUCCCUAAUAAGGUAUGUGACAGUCGUUGAUGGUUGCUACUUCAUAACGUAGACGUAAACGUGCCAUCAGUAUUCGUGUUUGCCUCAGAAUUUCCGGCCGAAGUUCGGAAAAUGCAAAUCUCCUAGAAAUUCCUGACACUUCCUUUUCCAUGUGAUUUAUUCACCUAUCCUGAAAGCGCAUCAUUAUUGAGAUAUUAAGUAAAUUUGAAUGUUUUCUUUUGUUGUUGUUUUACUCUAUGUGCUCCAGACGAAAUGUCACCAGUAUUGGCCAGAUAAAUCCGAGACCUACCACGAAAUAACUGUUUCCAAUCACAAAACAGAGAAGUUUGCUGACUACGCCAUUCGUACAUUUGUUCUGUCAAAGGUAUGUGCCUUCAGCAGUAGUAGUCAAAAGCCAAAGUACACAAAAAUUCCAAAUUUAUUUUGAUUGACUGAUUGUUGUGUUUUUGUCACUUUACAGGUUACAUAUACUGAAAAAUAUAGAAAAGGUUAUAGUGACGGGGAAGCCUGAACUGGAAGCCUGGGGCUUAGAUUGGGUCCAGGCUCCCCUUAGAUUAGUUUAAGUAGACAUAAAUAGGAAGCUUAAGCAACGACGUCGACGCCAGUGAAAACGUCCCUAAAAAAUGAAUUUGCGUCCUUUCAAACUCUAUCGCGUCUGGUUGAACCCGCUCAAUUUGUCAAAUGUGGGCGAUUUUUCCUGGAGUUGAAUUCGUAAGGACUUUAUCCGUGUUCAAAAAGAGAAAGGAAAAUUUAUAAUCGUGUGUUCAGGUCCUCAAUGAAACGUGGUAUUAGGAGAUUUUACGGCGUAGCCGUGCAGUGGACGUCAAAGAAAUGUACUAAAUAGCGGGAUGCACGUGCAGAGCUGUUGUUUUGCUCGUAAAACCAAUUUUUUUUACGUUGUCGUCGUCGUCGUCGUCGUUGUGAUUGCUUAACCUUCGUACUAACGAAGGAGAGACGGCGCGAUUUUACGAAACAAACCCCAAUAUAAACUAGGAUACAGAAAAAAAGAAGAAGAAUACAACUUAAUUACAUAGUUACAAAAGUUAUUCACAAAAAUAGGGUGGCAUAUUUUACUUUUACAUUUUCGAAAGGUCUUAGAGAAAUAAAUAACAUCAUGCAAAUGUUCGACCGAAGAGGAUUCAUUUGGUAACACUUUAUGAUUUCGUCCGCAGAUUUAAAAUAUAAUUAUACAAAAGGCAAAUCACCUCACCAUAUGUCUGUUCAUGGGUGAAAGGGUUUCUAAUAUUUAAUCAUGCAAAGAGGGGCAGCUUUUUACUGAAUUCAGCGUGGUGAAUUCGUUUCUGAAAUCUUUUUAAGCGGAAACACCUUUAAGUGGCUGUGUCACGGCGGUCCGGUUCAUUUUGUUUAAUUUUCCCAGUUACUCGCCCUCCGUCGCUAUGGAAGUUAAAGUAAGCAAAGAAAUUAAAUGAAAAUGACAAAAUCAGAGAUUCGAAACAAACAAAUAUGUCUCCUGAGCAUUAUUUUUGAAGUUGCAAACAGCAGAGAUCAACUUUGAAAAACUGUUAGUGUUAGACUGAACAGUUUUCAAAAACCCUAAUUUCAAUCCGUUUCAAUCUUCUUCAGUUUUGCCCAUCCGUGGCAUCUGUUGUAUCUGUUGUGUUAAUUUAACCUUCCCUUAAUGUUUUAAGCGGUUAUUUUUACGUUUCUCUUAAUUUAACGGGCAUUUUGUAAUUACCUAAUUAGGCUGAAUUUCGUGACUCGGCGCCUUUAAGUGGCCAUGUCAAUCAAUCAAUCAAUCAAUUUAUUAACGUCAAUACGUGGGAUGGGGUUGCCCCGAUCAUCCGAGCCAGAGGCUCAUGUAUAAAACGCAUGUCUCGAAUAGAGUGGUUUUCGUUUGAGUGUCGUAAAACCAAAACCAAAGUAAUUACUCUGGCCAAUCACAUAGGACACAGACAAUACAUUGAACCAAUCAAAACUCGAAGUAAUUACAUGUGGCUGACGCAAAGCGCGGGAAAAUCGUGUGAGCGCGUCACAAUUGGCUUUGGUUUUACUUCUGAUUGGAUGAAAAGGUGGCGCGAAUCUUUUAAGCCAAUCGCAUCGUGUAGAAAGUGCAAAACCAAUUACUUUUCGACACUCAAAUGAAAACCGCUCUAUACUGCUGUUAUAGGUUAAUUCGGUGCUGAAGUCAUUACUUAGUGCCCUUACUCAUACACAAAAUACUCCGGUAGAAUCAUAAAGAAAAAAAAAGGUAUCAUUAGAGAGCACUGACCACAACAAGUUUCAAUCAAUUACCAUCCUUGCCAUCUGUGGCAACAGACGACAACAACAGUUUCAAUGCCUAAAUACAGUCUUAAAUAUCAAAACUGGGCAAUUAUUUUGUGGAAUUUAACUGAUGCAAAGAAACGCUUUAGCUUUAAAGAAAGAUAGUAAAUAGUGUGGCAUAGCUCAUUUAAGUGUAUUGCUAACCAGGAAAUGCGGUACUCUCAGUCGUUUCCAUUGCAAGGCCUUCAUCUUUUAACAGAAGAGUAAAGACACUUGUAUUAUUUUCACACAGAGUGGAUCCAAGGAAACACGCCAAGUUCAGCAAUUUCAUUUCCUUGUCUGGCCUGACAAAGGCGUUCCUCGACAUGCCACCGCUGUUCUUGGUUUGAGGACAAAGGUUCGAGCCAAGCACAAGGAUUGUAAAUCUCCUCUGGUUGUCCACUGCAGGUAA